GGGAUGGUCACGUGUCCCCCACGCCCACUCGGGGCGGGGCUCGGAGAGGUUUGAAAGGUCGGCGCGCGUUUGGAGAGCAGCGGUUUGGCCUACCCCGAAAAUGUCGGUGUUGCGGCCCCUAGACAAGUUGCCUUGCCUGAACACAGCCACCAUCUUGCUGGUGGGCGCAGAGGAUGCACUUCUGCAGCAGCUGGCAGACUCAAUGCUCAAGGAGGACUGCGCGUCCGAGUUGCGGGUUCACUUGGCCAAGUCCCUCCCUUUGCCCUCUAACGUGAACCGACCCCGGAUUGACCUGGUCGUGUUCGUGAUUAAUCUUCACAGCAGAUACAGCCUGCAGAACGCAGAGGCGUCCCUGCACCACAUGGACACCAGCUUCUUCCUGGGCAGGGUGUGCUUCCUGGCCACGGGUGCCGGGCAGGACAGCCACUGCAGUGUCCACCACAACACGGUCAGGAAGCUGGCCCGCACCUACCGAAGCCCCCUGCUCUUCUGUGACCUCGAGGUGGACGCCUUCCGUGCCAGCCUGGCACAGCGCCUGGUGCGCAUGCUGCAGAUCUGCGCCGGCCACGUGCCGGGCGUCUCGGCGCUGAACCUGCUGUCCCUGCUGCGGGGCUCCGAGAGCCCCCCACCCGAGGAGCUGUGAGGGCCCCGCUUGGCUGCUCCCUCCUACCCCGCACCCGCCCUGCCGGAGCUGGCUCCUCACUGCAGGACACACAGGUCACCACUUAGGAUUUCACUGGAGCAAAGGUGUGGUGUCCAGAAAGGAUCUGAGAAUCAGAGGUGGCAUCCACUGUGACUGUGCCGAUGAGGAGACGGACCUAGAACUGUUGGGGGGUGGGCGAGCUGUGGACUGCAUGAGCUGAGAGGGACCCCAUUUUCCUGGAAAACUGGUUGUUGCCCCAGGAGCCACAGUUUCCUCGGGUAAACAGAGAUGGUCUGCUCACC